AUGGCAGCAACUUCCAAGUCCAAAACCAAGCCCGGCACCGCCGCCGCCGGCGGCCGUGGCCCGGCGGUCGGCAUCGACCUCGGGACGACCUAUUCAUGCGUGGCCGUGCGGCGGCACAACCGCAGCGAGGUCAUCACCAACGACCAGGGCAACCGCCUCACCCCCUCCUGCGUCGCCUUCACCGCCGUCGACCGGUUCGUCGGCGACGCCGCCGAGAACCAGGCCGCCCUCAACCCCUCCAACACCGUCUUCGAAGUGAAGCGACUGAUCGGCCGCCGUUUCAGUGAUGAGUCUGUACAAGAAGAUAUCAAGCUGUGGCCUUUCAAGGUCGUGGCCGGCCGUGAUGACCGGCCGGCGAUCGUGGUGCAGCACGAGGGCAAGGUGAGGCAGUUUGUGCCCGAGGAGAUCUCCGCCAUGGUGCUCACCAAGCUCAGGGAGGCGGCCGAGGCCUACCUCGGCGAGGCGGUCAAGGACGCCGUCGUCACCGUCCCGGUCUACUUCAGCAACGCCCAGCGCCAGGCCACCCUCGACGCCGGCGCCAUCGCCGGGCUCAACGUCAUGCGCAUCAUCCACGAGCCCUCCGCCGCCGCCAUCGCCUACGGCCUCGACAAGAUGCCGAAGGCCAGCGGCAGCAAUGCCGCAGGGGGCAGGAUGGUGCUCAUCUUCGAUCUUGGCGGUGGCACCCUGGACGUCUCCCUCCUCAGCGUCGGCCCGGGCGUCGACACCUUCGAGGUGAAGGCCGCCGCCGGCGACACCCACCUCGGCGGCGCGGACUUCGACAACGAGAUGGUGAAGCACUUCAUCAAGGAGUUCGUGCGGAAGCACGGCGUGGUGGAAGGCGAGGUCAUGCGCAACCAGAAAGCGCUCCGGCGGCUGAGGACCGCGUGCGAGAGGGCCAAGAGGAUGCUGUCCUUCAUGCCGCAGGCCGGCGUCGAGGUCGACUCGCUCCACGACGGCAUCGACCUCUGCACCAAGAUCAGCCGCUCCCAGUUCGAGGAGCUCAACAAGCACCUCUUCGUCAAGUGCGUCGACGCCGUCGCCAAGUGCCUGCGGGACGCCGGGAUGGACAAGGACGCCGUAAACGACGUCCUGCUCGUCGGCGGCUCCUCCCGCAUCCCCAGGGUGCAGAGCAUGCUCCACGAGUUCUUCCAGGAGAAGAAGCUCCGCCAGAGCGUCAACCCCGACGAGGCCGUCGCGUACGGCGCCGCCAUCCAGGCCGCCGCGCUCAGCGGCGGCGGCGAGGCCGACACCAAGAACGUGGUCCUCCGCGACAUCAAGCCCCUCUCGCUGGGGAUCGAGGUCAGGGAUGAUUUCACGAUGAGCGUCGUGAUCCCGAGGAACACCUUCAUCCCGACGAAGAACGUGCAGCGCUACACCACGUUCCAUGACAACCAGACCAAGGUGAGCAUCAAGGUGUUCGAGGGCGAGGGCGCGAGCACCAUGGACAACACCCUGCUCGGCAACUUCGUGCUGGCCGGAAUCCCCCGGGCGCCCAGGGGGGUGCCCCGCAUCGACGUGACGUUCGACAUCGACACCAACGGCGUGCUGAACGUGUACGCGGAGGACAUCGACACCGGGGAGAAGAACAGCAUCACCAUCACCAACCACAGCCGCGACGGCCUCAACAAGGAGGAAGUCGAGCGCAUGUCGCAGGAGGCCAGGAGCUACAACAAGCGUAAGCGGGUCAGAUCAUUGAUAACUUCUGGGAACAUGGUGAUCUUGGAGUGAUGUCGUCAACGUCUAUCUUCUUAGUAGUAAUGCUUUAGCAGAAGCUACUUCUAAGGGCAGUCCCAACCUGAAACUAUAUGUAGUUUCUAUAGCAUUAAAUACCAUGCCAGCUCACAGAAAAUACUGAUGUGGCACAUGAGUUAAAGAGAGAGAAGAGAAAUAGUAGAAAUCGUUUCCCAUCUCAGAAACGACGUGCUCUCGUCGACCAAGGCUGAUAGAAACGAUAUAUUUUGCGUUGGGCCUUCCUCAAUCGUUUCCUCGGCUCUUCCCCCAACCACGUCUGGAUCCCAUGCGUAUAUACGCCACUCCACCGACGCCGCCGCCACGCUCGUCCGCUCGUCUCCC